UUGAAGAUGGCAGUGUGGAUCCAGGCCCAGCAGUUGCAGGGCGAUGCUCUGCACCAGAUGCAGUCUCUGUACGGUCAGCACUUCCCCAUUGAGGUGCGACAUUAUCUGUCCCAGUGGAUAGAGGGCCAGCUCUGGGAUGUCAUAGACCUGGAGAACCCACAGGAGGAGUUCAAGGCCAAACGCCUGCUGGACAGUCUGAUACAGGAGCUGCAGAAUAAGGCUGAGCACCAGGUGGGAGAAGACGGCUUCCUCCUCAAAAUCAAACUGGGACACUACGCCAGCCAGCUCAAGAGCACGUAUGACCGCUGUCCUCUGGAGUUGGUCAGAUGCAUCAAACACAUCCUGUACACGGAGCAGAGGCUCGUCAGAGAGGCUACAAAUUCAAGCUCACCGGUGGGCGGGAUAAUGGACAGCAUGUCGCAGAAAUACCAGCAGAUCAAUCAGGCCUUUGAAGAGCUCCGCCUGAUGACCCAGGACACGGAGAAUGAUCUGCGCAAGCUCCAGCACAACCAGGAAUACUUCAUCAUCCAGUACCAGGAGAGUCUCCGCAUUCAGGCUCAGCUGACCAGCCUGACCACGCUGCCCCCUGCUGACCGACAGCUACGGGAGCCCGCCCUCCUCAGCAAGAGGGCAACUGUGGAGGCUUGGCUGACCAGAGAGGCAAACACACUACAGAAAUACAGACUGGACCUGGCAGAGAAGCACCAGAAAACGCUGCAGCUGUUGAGGAAGCAGCAGACCAUCAUUCUGGAUGACGAGCUAAUCCAGUGGAAGAGACGGCAACAGCUGGCGGGCAACGGGGGCCCGCCAGAGGGAGGCCUGGACAUCCUGCAGUCCUGGUGUGAGAAGCUGGCGGAAACCAUUUGGCAGAACAGGCAGCAGAUCCGGAGAGCAGAGCACCUUAGACAACAGCUGCCCAUCCCCGGCCCCAUCGAAGAGCUCCUCAACGAACUCAACAGUACUAUCACAGAUAUCAUUUCAGCAUUGGUCACAAGCACCUUCAUUAUCGAGAAACAGCCUCCACAGGUGUUAAAAACCCAGACCAAGUUUGCCGCCACAGUGCGCCUCUUAGUGGGCGGGAAGCUGAACGUGCACAUGAAUCCCCCGCAGGUCAAAGCCACCAUCAUCAGUGAACAGCAAGCCAAGGCACUGCUGAAGAACGAGAACACGAGGAAUGAUAGCAGUGGAGAAAUUCUCAACAAUAACUGUGUGAUGGAGUACCACCAGACUACAGGCACUCUCAGCGCCCACUUCAGGAACAUGUCGUUGAAGAGGAUCAAGCGGUCGGACAGACGAGGGGCAGAGUCUGUCACCGAAGAGAAGUUCACCAUUCUGUUCGAGUCCCAGUUCAGUGUCGGAGGCAACGAGCUUGUUUUCCAAGUGAAGACGUUGUCACUUCCUGUCGUGGUGAUAGUUCAUGGUAGUCAAGACAAUAACGCCACAGCAACGGUUUUGUGGGACAACGCUUUUGCUGAGCCAGGACGGGUGCCUUUCCUCGUGCCAGAUAAAGUGCUCUGGCCUCAGUUGUGUGAUGCCAUCAAUAUGAAGUACAAGGCCGAAGUGCAGAGUAACCGAGGCCUGUCUGACGAGAACCUGGUCUUCCUGGCUCAGAAGGCCUUCAGCAGCUCCAGCAACAACCCGGACGAUUACCGCAACAUGACAAUGACCUGGUCGCAGUUUAACAGGGAAAGCUUGCCGGGGAGGAACUUCACAUUUUGGCAAUGGUUUGAUGGUGUGAUGGAACUCACAAAAAAACAUCUCAAACCACACUGGAAUGAUGGAGCCAUAUUGGGCUUCGUGAACAAGCAGCAGGCUCAGGACAUGCUGAUGUCCAAACCCAACGGUACUUUUCUCCUGCGCUUUAGUGACUCUGAGAUUGGAGGGAUUACGAUAGCCUGGGUGGCAGAAAAUCCCAAUAAAGCAGGUGAGAGAAUGGUUUGGAACCUGAUGCCCUACACAACCAAAGACUUCUCCAUUCGCUCUCUGGCCGACCGCAUCAGUGAUCUCAAUCACCUCCUCUUCCUCUACCCCGACAGACACAAGGACGAGGUGUUCUCCAAAUACUACACCCCACCACUCUCAAAAGCAGUGGACGGCUAUGUGAAGCCGCAGAUCAAACAAGUGGUGCCUGAGUUUGCUACAGCCAAUCCAGAUCCAACAAGCGGGAACCAAACCUACAUGGAUCACGGCGCGUCCCCGGCACCCGUCAGUCACAUCCACACCUAUGGCAUAUACCCGCCAAUGAGUGACUCCAUGCUGGACACGGAGGGAGACUUUGACCUGGACGACACCAUGGAUGUGGCGCGGCACGUGGAGGAGCUGCUCCGGCGGCCGGUGGAGAGCCACAUGAGAGCAUGCACGUCAGUGACUCUUUAUUUUCAUGUGUGUCUGUAAGUCUGAAACACGGGAGGGUGUUUAUGUCUCUCCCUCGCUCUCACAGGGCUAUUUCUCACGUGUUUUGAACACAGAAAAAUGCAAAGUGAAGCAUUUACCCAGCGCUGCCUGCUUGUCCUCUCAGGUCCCUCUUUCCCCAUCAUCAGUGCUACCUCGCAUUAUUCCACUGACAGCCUUUUUUGUUGUUGUUUUCUGCACCACACUCACACCAGCAGGUAUAGAAGGUUGUUUUUUUGUCGGUUUUUUCCCCCCCUGCUCUCGUUGACUUGUGUGCAGAAGUUUCCUCACACUGCCUGGGCAGUGGAAGUGCACUGGUGGCCUUGCAGUGUGAGGGAAGAAUGGGUCGUUUUCACAUUGUGCAGUGACGGGCUUUGCUGUAACCACCGGCGGAUCAUGGCAGGGAUUCACACUUCAGAUGCUGCGUCGGGACAUUUUUUGGAUCCUGCGUUGGUCCAGGGCGCGACGAACGCAGCAGCGGGAGUCACCGGCGACGCGGCCGCGCUCACUCCCACCGGCACCCGCGCGUACUUGGAGGUGUCUGCCGCCCUCCAGGGCUACGGGGCCGAGGGAGUUUACACCAAUGGACGGUACAGGGAUCACAGCAGUCCGAGGAUCGGGAGUGGCAGCCGCGACAAUUCCGCCGAGAGAAGUCAGGGAGCUGGAAACACACCAUGCGGCAUCAUGAAGGAUGGUUCCAAACAGAGGCAGGUGAGGAAAAAGACGGUGUCUUUCAGCACAAUGCCAAGUGACAGGAAGAUCAACAGCACAGCUGCUUGCAUGGCCUUCAUGAUGGAGGGUUGUGAGAUGAAGAAGGUGCGCUCCAACUCACGCAUGUACAACCGAUACUUCCUGCUGGACCCAGAUAUGCACUGGCUCCGCUGGGAGCCAUCCAAGAAAGACUCAGAGAAGGCCAAACUGGAGAUCAAGAGCAUUAAGGAGGUCCGUUUGGGAAAGAAAACUCCUGUUUUGCGCAGCAAUGGUCUCUCAGACCAGUUCCCUGAUGAGUGCGCCUUCUCAAUCAUCUAUGGGGAUAACUAUGAGUCAUUAGACCUUGUUGCCAGUACUGCAGAUGUUGUCAGCACCUGGGUGAUGGGCCUGCGGUAUUUGGUGUCUUAUGGCCGGCACACUGUUGACAUGGCGGAGCCCAGCCAACCAAGUCUACGAACAUCAUGGAUUGGCUCAGUGUUUGAGCUAGCAGAUUCAGAAAAGGAAGGGCACAUAGAUUUGUUUAGGGCCACCCAGAUAAUCAAGGGGCUCAACCCUGGAAUGAAAGAGUCAAGGAUAGAGUUGAAGUUCAAGGAACUCCAGAAAGCUAAAGACCAAUAUGGAGAGGCAAUAAACAUGGACACCUUUGUGGAGGCCUAUUGUGAGCUCUGCACACGGCCAGAAAUUUUCUUUCUACUGGUGCAGUUCUCCAGUAAUAAGGAGUAUCUGGACAGCAAAGAUUUAAUGUUAUUUGUAGAGGUGGAGCAGGGUGUAGAAGGUGUAACGGAGGACAUGUGCAGUGAUAUUGUUCAUAAGUUUGAGCCAUCCGCUGAAGGUAGGGAAAGGGGAUACCUCUCCAUUGACGGCUUUACACACUACCUCCUCUCCUCUGAAUGCCACAUCUUUGACCCACAGCACAAACGUGUGUGCCAGGAUAUGACCCAGCCUCUGUCCCACUACUACAUCAACUCCUCACAUAAUGCCUCCCUUCUGGAAGACCAUUUCUGGGGUUCGUCAGACAUCAGCAGCUACAUUCGAGCUCUGAAGAUGGGCUGUCGCAGCAUUGAGGUCAUUGUUUGGGAUGGCCCUGAUAAUGAGCCAGUGGUAUAUGUGGGUAGUUCUGUUGCAUCACAGCUAGCUUUCUCUAAAGUCCUUGACAUUAUAAACCAAUAUGCUUUUGAGAGCUCUGAGUAUCCCCUGAUUCUCUGUGUGGUGACCCACUGCUGCAUCCCACAGCAGAGGGUCAUGGCACAACAUAUAAAAAAGAUUCUUGGCGACAAGCUGUAUGUGAAUCCCCCAAACAAAGAGGAAAAUUAUCUACCUUCCCCUGAGAAACUCAAAGGAAAAAUCCUCCUUAAGGGUAAGAAGCUUCCACCCAAUUGCGUAGAUCCUGAGGGAGAUGUGACAGAUGAAGAGGAGGGUUUGGAAAUGUCCCGAAGAUUCGGAUCUGAUGAGAAGGACCAACUAAAUGGCUUAGGCUUCAAGAGACUCAGACUGUGCAGGGAGAUCUCUGAUCUUGUUUCUCUCUGCAAAUCAAUACAGUUCAGGGACUUUGAGUUCUCUAAAAGGGACCAAAAACACUGGGAGAUUUGCUCUUUCAAUGAGGUAGAUGCAAACAGGUUUGCCAAUGAGUUCCCAGAGGAAUUUGUCUGUUACAACAAGCGCUUUCUCUCAAGGGUUUAUCCCACACCUAUGAGAAUUGAUGCCAGUAACAUGAACCCGCAGGAUUUCUGGAAGUGUGGCUGCCAGAUUGUGGCCAUGAACUACCAAACCCCAGGCUUGAUGAUGGAUCUCAACCUUGGCUGGUUCAGGCAGAAUGGAAACUGUGGGUAUGUUUUGCGGCCAGCCAUUAUGAGAGAGGAGGUGUCCUACUUCAGUGCCAAUGCACGGGACUCCCUGCCAGGGGUUUCUGCACAGCUUCUUCACAUCAAGGUCAUCAGUGGGCAGAAUCUGCCCAAACCUCGUGGCUCUGCUGCUAAGGGUGAUGUGGUGGAGCCCUACAUAUAUGUGGAGAUCCAUGGCAUCCCAGCUGACUGUGCUGAGCAAAGAACCAAGACUGUGUCCCAGAAUGGCGACAAUCCUAUUUUUGAUGAAAGUUUUGAAUUCCAGAUCAACUUACCAGAAUUAGCAGUACUGCGCUUUGUGGUGCUCGAUGAUGACUACAUUGGAGAUGAGUUCAUUGGGCAGUACACCAUCCCAUUUGAGUGCCUACAGCCAGGCUAUAGACAUGUUCCCCUACAAUCUCUUACAGGAGAGUUCCUACUCAAUACCACCUUGUUCGUCCAUGUAGCCAUCACCAACAGGCGGGGUGGAGGAAAGGCACAUAAGAGGGGACUGUCUGUCAGAAAGGGUAGGAAGGCCCGAGAGUACACCACCACCAAGACCACAGGGAUCAAAGUAGUAGACGAGCUGUUUAGAGCAUCCACUCAGCCCCUGAGGGAGGCCACAGACCUUCGAGAGAAUGUGCAGAAUGCCUUGGUGUCCUUCAAGGAACUGUGUGGCCUGACCCCGGCGGCCAACAUGAAGCAGUGUAUCCUCACGGUGUCUACAUGGCUGAUGAACAGUGAGCGGUCACUGAGGGUCACGGUGGACCUGAGCGAGGCCUACCCCACCAUGGAGGCUCAGGGUCCGGUUCCUGAGCUGCUGCGCAAAGUGCUCACCGCCUAUGACAUGAUGAUCCAAACCACCAGGACGCUAAUCGAGUCAGCUGAUGUGGUCUACUCCAAGCUCACACAAGCACAACGUGCAGGUCUGGACUUCCACGAGGACCUGCAUCGCAUCGGAGCAAAGGAGGGACUGAAAGGCCGCAAACUCCAGAAAGCCAUGGAGAGCUACGCGUGGAACAUCACUGUGCUCAAGGGCCAGGCAGAUCUGCUGAAGCACGCUAAGAGCGAGGCGGUGGACACGCUGCGUCAGAUCCACUGUGCAGCUCAGUCCUGUGGCCUCAGUAAAAACGGAGCCGCUUCCCCUCCGCUCCAGCACCACCCUCACCACCAGCCCCCGCAGGUCCAGAUCCAGCAACAGCCUCAGGCCAAGCCCCACCCUCUGCCGCCUCCGCCAGUGCACCAGUCCCAAAUGCUGCCCCAGUCCCAGAUCACACCCCCUGCCUAUCUCCAUCCCUUUCCCCAGCCACAUCCCCUGCUCCCGGCUGUCCCUCUGGUCCAGACUGUUUUAAAACCACCGGCUUAUUCCCAGCCCCCGCCCCUACCUCAGUCACACUUCCAGUUCCAGAGCCAGCAGCAGAGGGGCGCAGCACCUCUCGACGCCAAGCCUGACAAAGACAUGGUCAGCGGUGAUCUGGCGGGAUCCUGCUGACCCGCAGCCUGUGCCCACAGAGAGUCCUACCCAAAGAGAGACACGGAGAGCGAGGGAGAGGUGGAGAAGCAGACGGGUGUACAAGGGAAGCAGGUGGUUAGUGGUGAAAGGGAGACGGAGGCGGUAACGGGAAGAGUUAACGAGGCGACGAUGGCGAGGAAGACUCGCCGCGUUAGAAGUGAGACCCAAGUGUAACAGGAGGAGCUUGAGGAGAUGAGAAGAAGGGGAUCUUUAUUCUCCUCUUCCACCUGAGUCAGAAGGUUGUAGGGUUCAGUAUAGUUGGAUCAGUACGUUGGAUUUCCAUGUCUCUCUCUGGGCAGUGCCAGUUACAUCCUUCACUAUGUAUUCUAGCUCUGUGGGUACAGGCUUUACCUCUCAUCGGCUUUAAAAGCCACAUAUUUGCCUUUUCUUUUCUUUUCUUCUUCUUAUUUUCAAGACUCCUUGGCAUGUCUUUGAGGUUCCUCUUGUUUUUUUUUUGGUUUUAAUUUCUUCAUGUCCAUGCUCUUCCUCCUUUGUCUUAGACGUAAAGCUAGGAGCCAGGAACACCUGACUCCUUUUUUUUUUUAAAGUAAGAGGAUACUAUGUUCAUUUUUAAGUGCACAAAGUAGAGCAGCUUGUCUAGGCCGAGCUCUGUAGGAGUCGCAGACGACUAUUUCAGCACAAACCAGGGAACUGUAGAGCUAACAUAGGAAAACAACACUUAACAUUCCAGCACAGUAACAAUAUAGUAAUAGUGUGGUCAUUGUUUGGAUAUAUAUCUUUGUAAUAGGGACGUUAUUUAAUUGUAAUACCUUGAUGAUAACAAUGGAAAGUGUGUUUAGGUCAUAAAAGCAGUUGAAUUUCAGCAUUAUAAUAUGAUAAUCAUCCAUUUUGAACCAAAUUAGAUGAAAAGUCAAAUCUGAUUUCAUCUGUAAAGCCUAAAUGUGACGUACAUGCUUCACUAAGCACAGGUGUGUGCAGAGUCAUGUGACCAGGACGUCUCCCAUGCAGUUGGAGCAUAAUGUUGUUGAAGUUGCUCGUUAUAGCCUUAGACUGAAUAUUAAAAACACAGUCUUGCAUUUGGAAAAGUGAAGGACAGGAAAUAUGAUGGAAGUAGCAUUUAAGCCUCCAGGGGGCGACUGGUUGCAAACGGAAGUCUCCAGGAGGAUGAGCCUAGCCCUCGCUUCUAUCAUUAGUGUCAGGAUUUCUUCAACAUCACGUGAUUUGUCAACUUUGUAAGUUAUUUUCCCAUUUGGAGGAAAUUAGAAGAUUUAAACUUUAUUGUGAGAGUAGAACACUGUGUCCAUUUCAUAUACAUCUCCGGUUAUAGCUUGGUGGAAUAUGAAUGUCUUAAAACCGAUACCUGAAAUUCAAGGUUGGGAUUAUCAGUAUCCUGGACAUUACAUGGUAUUACUGUAACAAGCUGGAAAUUGCAUUAACAACGAGACGACUUUGCCAUAACAUUACCGAAUUAAGACAAACUAUCACCACAUUGUUACAGCGUUGUUACUGCAAUGUAACGUUAAGUGUUACCCAACCUUCAGACGUAGAUGUGUGCAGUCACACCAAUGCUCCGCGUGCAUCCCUUGCUGGCGUAAAACGUUCCAUCAACACAUCUUCAGUGUCAUUCCUUGUGUAUUUAUGUUCUUCACCAUCAUAGGAGUUGUGUGUGUGUGUGUGUGUGUGUGUGUGUGUGUGUGUGUAUGACGUAUGUAUGAUGUGUGUUGGUGUUUUAGUUCCUGUGGUGGAACUAACCCACAUCCUUAAAGCCAAUCACAACUGGAAUAUCUGACCCUGCCUCUUAUAGGUAAAAGGUCAUCAGCAUUAUGGUACUGCUGUCAGUAACAAACACAAAAAAAUAAAAAAAUACACACAAAAUAAAGUAAAUAUAGAUGUAUAUUGUAUGUAAAGUGUACGAAGGGAAAAAUAUAUUGCGAUAAUAACUCGUGCUGACAGCCAUUUAACGAUUCAUAUUAUGAUAAUUGUUGUUGUUAGUUCUAUUGAUAUUCUUUUGUAACCUUAUUUCCACAUGUAGAGUGAUUUUGACACCUGCGCUGUUGUGUGGUGCAGUGCAGGACAGCCAGUGCAUGUGGGACUAGUGCGAGGGAUGACGGCGUCGUUCCACGACGCGAGGGUCCAACAGUGGCCUGACGUGAGUGUGGAUUCUGUAAGAGUUCCUUUCAGUGGCCCAUUAAAACUGGCUUCAUUGUUAA